UUUUUUUAGAUUUUUACAACCACCUGUUUGCAGCAGCAUUCUAAGUCAUUUUCAUCCGAUAAUUUCAUGGUGUGUAUAGAGAUGACCAGUGGCAACUCGUGGCAAAAUAAAACAGGUGUUCUGCAAAUUCGAACUUAUCUAUUUUUUAUAUGUCAGUUCGAUCCUGAGCUCCUUCUUGGCAGCAAAUGUGUCGAUCACCUUCCCGUUGAAGUUUUCCAUGGUCGAAAUAAAUUCCUUUUCAAUGGACAGCAUCGACAACGCUGUAAGGCGAUCCCGGGUCAUAGUAUUUCAAAGAAAGGUUGACGUAGGAGUUGUAACAAUAAUUUCUAAUAGAUUUUUUGUUUCUUUUAGUGUUUCC